CUCAUACGGUUUCAGGGAAUUUUGGAUCAUUCGAAGUUGAUGUCAAUUUGGAUGGAGAUACCUCGGUAUCGGUCGUGGAGACUGAGAAAGAAUUGAAUACAGGCUAUGACAUUACUGCAGAUCUGUGCGGUGUUGACACUAGAUACAAGCUUGGACAACCAUUCACUGUGUGUGUUUAUUCUCCUGACGAUAAUAUGCAAAUUGAAGGCCUCAGCAACGUGGUAUGCAAGGGUCGAACCCUCAUUGGUGCUGAUGGUAACACUGACUUUCUGACUACGAUGGAGCGUCGUGAUACUCAUGAUUUCCAAUUCUCUAGUGUUGUCGUUGACGUAUACUUCAACAACCCAGAAGAAAACAACAGUGGUGAUCCAUAUUUUACUUGCAGCGGUGAUGUGGAACUGGCCGAAUAUGCACCUGGAGCUGGCAGACGCAAGUUGAAGAAGACCUUCUCACUUGUUGGAGAACGUCGCCUUAAGGCAGAUAAUGAAGAGCACAAGUUUGCAACUAAGAUUUCCAUUGGUGCCGAGGGUGGAAGUGCUGAUGCGACUACUUCCCCUGGUGUUUUGCCGGGAUGGAGUGCCGUUGCUACUGCAGCCGGUGCCGUGGCAACUGUUGGUGCUCUGUUCUAAAACGACAAUGCACAUUUGAAGUGUCAAAACAAAAANACCAACCACUCCAUAGUUGGAAUACAGCUAGGGUCCAAUCUUUUCGGGAACAGUUUCAUACUACACCAUUCAAUCAACCAAUCCAUACUUGGGUUACUACAAGCGUGGGGACGGAAGAUAUAUGGGGAUCUGCUCACGGUAUGUUUUUGGAAACCCCAUUCGAUCAAUGCGUCACUAAUUUUAUGCAUCUGCGGACCCGACCCGUGGAGGACAAUGCAAACCAAGACAAUGUUAACCAACAGGGCAUUAGUCUUGCCCUCAACAUGUUUUGGAGGAGUGCUUGUUCAAUGCCAGGUUUUACUACUUCUCAACCAAAUGMUUGGGAUCCCAGCCUUGAGUAUUGGUGUAAUGAUGAAUGUAAUCCCAUUGUCGAACCCCCCGAACCCCUCGGAUCGUGGGAGAUCCGAAGCACUGUACACAGUCCAGCUACCGUAGAACCACCCCUUAACACGGAUGGACCUACUGUUAUGGUUGGUGAACUAGAAGGAUCGUCAAUUGCAGGGACAGUUCUGUUUGAGCUCGACCUCCCCGAAGGCACCGCAGCACAAUCCCGUGCAUUUGCAGUUGCGGAUGAUGGGAGUUGCACCGGCGAUCUUAUUGUACCUGCUAUUGUCACUACACUUACUGGCAGUUGCAGUUUUUAUCUUGUACAUCCUUUGGAUUCUGAUGGUGCAACAGAAGAUCAAUUUUACACCAGCGUUUCAGGUCGUGAAGAUGUUGCCUAUGUAAAUUCUGGUGAACAAGUGUGCCUACCAGGUUCUGACGGUGCAGGUGAUAUCCGUAAGUGUUGCUUGUGUUCUGAUGGUAACGAACCAAGUUUUUCAAGUUUAGUAGUCUUUGUCUGUCUUUGCUAACUGUUGCAUUGCCCUUGAUUUAUCGAUGGACAGGGGAGGUUUCUUUUUAUGUCCACGAUGUGGAAAAUAGUCAAAUCUACGAUGCAAAUAGCGAUGGUCCUGAAGCCCCGAAAACUCAAUUCUGUAUCGAAGUGUCUGUGGUGGAAACUGAAUCUCAGACCCGAAUCAAUUCUGUUAAUCAUAAAAUAAGCUUCACUCAUACGGUUUCAGGGAAUUUUGGAUCAUUCGAAGUUGAUGUCAAUUUGGAUGGAGAUACCUCGGUAUCGGUCGUGGAGACUGAGAAAGAAUUGAAUACAGGCUAUGACAUUACUGCAGAUCUGUGCGGUGUUGACACUAGAUACAAGCUUGGACAACCAUUCACUGUGUGUGUUUAUUCUCCUGACGAUAAUAUGCAAAUUGAAGGCCUCAGCAACGUGGUAUGCAAGGGUCGAACCCUCAUUGGUGCUGAUGGUAACACUGACUUYCUGACUACGAUGGAGCGUCGUGAUACUCAUGAUUUCCAAUUCUCUAGURUUGUCGUUGACGYAUACUUCAMCRACCCWSAARMAWACRAMARUGGUGAUCMAUAUUUUASUUGCAGCGGUGAUGUGGAACUGGCCRMAUAUGCAMCUGGAGCUGRCRGACGCAAGUUGAAGAAGACCUUCUCACUUGUUGGAGAACGUCGCCUUAAGGCAGAUAAUGAAGAGCACAAGUUUGYRACUAAGAUUUCCAUUGGUGCCGAGGGUGGMAGUGCUGAUGCGACUACUUCCCCUGGUGUUUUGCCGGGAUGGAGUGCCGUUGCUACUGCAGCCGGUGCCGUGGCAACUGUUGGUGCUCUGUUCUAAAACGACAAUGCACAUUUGAAGUGUCAAAACACAAGACGCCCGCUGGUUUGCAUUCCAAGUUUUGGCAGAUGAAUUUUGAUAGAGAAACAACCGAGUCACGGUCGUAAGAGUACCCUCCCCUUCCGUUGUACCUUAGCUGCUCAAUUCCCAAAGAGCCCAUUCUUUGUACCAUGUUUUUCAAUUGAUUAAAUUCAGCUUCCAUAG